GAGGACCCGCGGAACGGCAACAGGGCGCUGCACAUCGCCGCGCAGAACGGUUUCACCCCCGUGUGCAAGCUGCUCAUCGCCAAGGGUGCCGAGGUGAACGCCGUCAACAUGAAGAACAACACCGCGCUUCACAUGGCGCUCGGGUACGACUACGACGAGUGCGCCGAAUUCCUCUACAGCAGCGGCGCGGACGGCACCAUCGUCAACUCCGAGGGC